AUGGGGGAUGGGGCAGAAGAGAUGACGGUGGAGGAUAUGGCAGAAGAGAUGACGGUGGAGGAUAUGGUAGAAGAGAUGACGGUUGAGGAUGGGGCAGAGUUCGAUAGUGGCGAUGAUACAAAUUCAGAUGUGACGACGAUGAAAAGUCAGACUCAGGAAGUGGUGAAUCUGAGCCUAAGCCAAAGACCAAGAAUCCAGAAAAAAGUAGCAACCAAAGAAAAGAGCUCAGCUAAAAGCAGUGAAGAAAAAAAAUAUAGUCCCACUAAAGGAUCAUGUGGAGAAUUUAUGUUUCAGCUAGCUAAGAUGAGGAAUGCCACAGUCAGUGAGUUCAGAGGCAAAGCAAUAGUAAGAAUCAGAGAAUAUUAUGAAAAAGAUGGAGAGUUACGGCAUGGAAAAAAAUGUAUUAGCCUCAGUAUAGAUCAAUAG